CCCCGGCCCGCCCCCGCUCGCGCUUCCCGGCUCGCCAGCCCGGCGCCGCAGACGCUCUGGUCCUCCGAGUCCUCCGCGGGCGCCCAUGGAGCCGGCACGGGACGCGCCCCGGGGGAGCGGCGGGGCCGAGGCGCUGCUGAGCGAGCUGGAGGCGCGGGUCCAGGAUGUGGUGAGCGCGAGCUCGUGGUGGGAGCGCCACGGCGUGGACUGCGCCAUCCUCGCGCUCAGCCUCCUCGCCUUGCCACCCGGGUUCCUGUGCCUGCGCUCUGAGAAUCUCCUGGUCUUUGCCCUGGGCACCGGCGUCCUGGGUGUGUGCCACUACACGCUCACGGUCAAGGGCAGCCACCUGGCCGCCCACGGUGCUCUCACUGAGUCCAAACGCUGGAGCAAGAUCUGGGUGCUUUUCUUUGUGGAGGUCUGCACGUCCUUCACUGCCGACUACGCCCAGUACGGACACGUCAAGAUGCACCAUGGCUACACCAACGUGCUGGGCCUGGGGGACUCAAGCACGUGGAGGCUGCCUUGCCUCAACCGCUACGUCUACAUGUUCCUCGCUCCUCUCCUGAUCCCCAUCAUAACCCCGCUGGUGGCUGUGGAGCGGCUGAGAGAGGUGGAGCUCAGGUCGGCCCUGCGGACACUGGGCCUGAUCUCCCUGGGCCUGUACUCUCACUACUGGCUACUCCUGAACGUGUCUGGCUUCCGGAGCCCCGGCUCAGCCCUGGUCUGCAUGCUCAUCACCAGAUCCCUGCUGGCCCACCCUUACCUCCAUGUCAACAUCUUCCAGCACAUCGGGCUGCCCAUGUUCUCCCGGGACAAGAAGCCCCGACGGAUUCACAUGAUGAGCCUGGGGGUGCUUAACCUGCCCCGGCUGCCCGUGCUGGACUGGGCGUUCGGCCACUCCCUCAUCAGCUGCCACGUGGAGCACCACCUCUUCCCCAGGCUCUCCGACAACAUGUGCCUGAAGGUGAAGCCCGUGGUGUCCCAGUUCCUCCAUGAGAAGCAGCUGCCGUACAACGAGGACUCCUACCUGGCCCGCUUCCGGCUGUUUCUCCAUCGCUACGAAGAGUUGAUGGUGCAGACCCCUCCCAUCACAGAGCUGGUGGGGCUGCAGUGAGGGGCGGGCUGGCACAGUCACCCCGCUCUCCCUCCCGGGCCCAGCCCUGGCUCUCCUGCUUCUGCUGGCCAUCGCUGGGGCCGGGAGGGGGUGGGCCCUUGCCCAGUGGAGUGUGGAGGCACGGGGUGGGCAGCGAGGCAGGGAGCUCAUGUUGGGGGGCCUGGGGGUCCCCUGCCCUGCUUGCUCUUCUGGGUUUCGAGGACUAUCUGGAGAAAAGGAAUAAAGGUGGCUGGGCAUUCUGGUCCAUCUGGACC